AUGCUGAAACUGUUAAUGUAUUUCAUGUUAGCUGCACAUGCAGCAACUUCAAGUGAUGAAAACCCAAUUGCACCAGAUUGCGGCGAAAUGGGCGAUUGUGUUGCCGAAAAUAUAGAAUGCAAUAACAUUGUUGGCUCGUUCUACAAUGAUACGAUGCACGAAUGCGUAAUAAACAUGAAAUUGCUCUUGAAAAAUUUGACAUCAAAAUAUGAUGUACAAGAUAAAGUACGUUUGGAGGUUCAAAAAGUAUUCCAAGGUGUGAUAAUAUCCGUAAUUUUAUUUGUGUCAUGUGCGAGUGUAUGUGUGUUUGCGGCUUGCAUUUAUUGUUGCCGUAUAAAUUAUGAGGACUACAGAUUGAAAAAUGACGUUGAGGCACUGGCAGCUAAAUUAAAAAGAGAUUGUAAUCUAAAAAAACCGAGAAUGAAAACUCCAAAAGAACCCGCCUCUGAAAGUUGUAACAUAGUCGUUGAAGGCGCCGGCGUUUAUGUUGUA